AAGCCAGGAACUGCUUGCACACUUCUUUAAGGAGUGUCUGUGUGACUGAGAGCCUGAUGUAAAAGGAAGAACAAGCCUAACAACUCCCACUACAAGGAAACACUGUAAAAAAACAGACAGGACAAGUCUCUAGCUGAUUAGACGGAGCACAUUUGGCCACCAUAAUACAACUGAAACCUUCACCUCUGUGGGACUGUCAAAGGUGUCAACGAGAGAAACUUGUGUGGUCACCACAAUGACAAGCAUGAUGGGGUCUUAUUCCUGGACAGAGGGCCUGGACUGCUCAACUAUGGAUGGGGACCUCUCAGAUGGACUGUCCCCUCACAGGUCCCCCAGGGAGAAAGGUUCUGAGACUCGCAUUAGGAGACCUAUGAAUGCCUUCAUGGUGUGGGCUAAAGAUGAGAGAAAGAGGCUAGCAGUGCAGAACCCGGACCUCCACAAUGCAGAGCUCAGCAAGAUGCUAGGGAAGUCCUGGAAAGCACUGUCCCCAUCCCAGAAGAGGCCAUAUGUGGAAGAGGCGGAAAGGCUGCGAGUUCAACACAUGCAGGAUUAUCCCAACUACAAGUAUAGGCCCAGGAGAAAGAAGCAGAUAAAAAGAAUUUGCAAAAGGGUAGACACUGGAUUCCUUCUUGGUAGCCUCUCCAGAGAUCAGAACUCAGUGCCUGAUUCCAGAUGCAGGGCAACUAUGGAUAAGGAUGACAUCGGCGGGUACCCUACUGUGGCAGUUCUAUCAGACAUCCGCAGCUACAGAGACCCCCAGGGUAACGUGUCCAAACAUGAACAAACAUACCCUUAUGGGCUACCAACCCCACCUGAAAUGUCACCUUUAGAGGUCAUUGAUCAAGAGCAGAGUUUUUAUCCAUCCUCCUGCUCUGAAGAUCACCACCCUCACAUCAAUGGGUCUACAUAUCCCCCAGAAUACAACAGAAGCCCCAUUCUCUGCAGUCACCUGAGCCAAAUGCCAAUGGGUCAUACUGGGCCCUCAAUUAUACCACCUGUUUCCAGUUGUCCCCCACCAUAUUACAGCACUAAUUACCAUUCCAUGCAUCACACUUAUCAUGCCCACCUUGGGCAGCUGUCUCCACCUCCAGAACACCCUCGUUAUGAUGCGAUUGAUCAAAUUAGCCAAGCAGAGCUUCUGGGGGACAUGGACAGAAAUGAGUUUGACCAAUAUUUAAAUACACCUCUACCACAUGAACCAAGUGAAAUGACAGUAAAUGGCCAUAUUCACGUGUCACAGCCUUCAGAUCUUCAGCCCCCAGAAACCAGCCUCAUUUCUGUAUUAGCAGACGCCACAGCAACCUAUUACAACAGCUACAGUGUAUCAUAGGAUUCUACAAAAGUCCCAGUUUAAGCAAAUAAGCGAAUAGACCAUACAGUAUUACUGGUAUCAGAUCUACUCUAAGCUAUGAACUCCAGUCUCAAGGUUGCCAUAUCUGAUCAGGUUGCUACUAGUUCAUCUAUCUCCUCAGAGACUGGUCUCAUCAAUUCUUUUAACUUUUAGAGAGAAUGGUAGUGGGAUGAUUUUCAUAUCAUGAAGACAUCAUAGAAGUAUACACUGUAAGAAUUUGGACAGAUAAGUCAUUUUGUGCUUAGAACAUUUAACUGUACAAUAAUGAUCAUUAUCAAAUUCAAUAUACUCAUCAGUUGUUCAGAAUACACACUGGUAACUUUACCAAUUAAGAAGAAAAAAACACCACGGGCACUUAAUACAAUUAUUUUAACGAUCCGUUGGCAUCAGAACAUUUGAAGGACAAUAUAAUUAGCUUUAUGACUUUUGAUAUGACGCCGAACGUUUUUUUGUUGUUUUGUUUUUAAAAACCCAACUUUUUCUGUAUUUUUCCUGACAACAUUUUUUAUUUUUUAAAGGUUAUGAUUGUACAUUAUUAUUGAUAUGAUUGUCUGGUGUAAAAUAUGUUGUAAAAAUAAGACAAUUUUUUUUAAAUAUACAGUACUUUUUUUUUUUUCUUAAUAAAGUGAAUUAGCUUUACUAAAUUAUACCAUAUAACUAAACCCACUGAUACAGUUUGCAAUUUGGUAAUUUCUAGAUAGGAAUAGUGAAAACUUCGUUGCAUUUUUUUUAAAUUAAUUGGUAAUGUUAAUUGUCACUAUUCUAUAAACAGCUUAAAAUGUUUCACUACAAUAUAUUUUACAUGUAAUUGCAAUUUGAAUGGAUGUAAAUACGUUUACAUAAAUAUUUAAUUUAAAUAAAUAUGUUUUUAUAUAAUAAAAUACAUCGGGAAUGAA